AUGAAAGUGUCUCUUGGUCUUAGCCUUCUCCUGUCUAUCCUCGAUCCAGGGACUACUCUUCGGUGUGAGGUUUGUCACAGCUUAGGAAAAACCUGCUCUGGCCCCCUGAAAGUCUGCAAUGUUGAUGAAGAUAUCUGUGGCAUCAUUGUGCAUGAGGCCACAAUAGGUGGGAUGGUAAUGACUUCAUCCUUCAAGACCUGCCUGCUGCCCACUGUGUGCCAUCUGGGUGCUGUCACCAUGAACUAUGGGAAAGUCAAAGGAAGAACUGGCUUGGCCUGCUGCGUGGGUGAAGCCUGUCGAACAACAUCACCCUCAUUGCCACCAGUGAACAAUGUGCCCAAUGGAUUACACUGUCCUGCCUGCUACAGCAUAGACUCCUUCCACUGUGGCAAUGAAACUGUAAAUUGCACUGGAUCUGAAACACAAUGCAUUGAGAUUGCUGGAUUGAUGAAUUCUGGUGGACUAUCUAUGAAAGUUGCCAUGAAGGGCUGCACCACCAUUUCCGAAUGCAAUGAAGAAGGAGAAGGAAAAAAACAACUGGGAAUGAUAGACAUGAAAAUAAAGCAGUUCAAAUGCAAACCAGCCUCUCUUUUGAACACAGUAGUUUCCGGGAUCCCUCCUCCAAAAUCCCUCUUUCUUCCCAUCCUGUCACUACUAAUCUUGGAGAAGAUACUUUUCUGA